AUGGCUUAUGCUGCUGUUACUUCCCUUAUGAGAACCAUACACCAGUCAAUGGAACUUACUGGAUGUGAUUUGCAACCAUUCUAUGAAAAGCUUGAAUCUUUGAGAGCUAUUCUGGAGAAAUCCUGCAAUAUAACGGGAGAUCAUGAGGGGUUAACAACCUUGGAAGUUGAAAUCGCGGAGGUAGCAUACAAAGCAGAAGACAUGGUUGAUUCGAAAUCAAGAAAAGUUUCUUCCGCAGAAACUGUAAUUACACGAAGCAAAGCUUUCUGGGAACUCUGUUGUUCCUUGGAACAAGAGGUAGAAUGCAUUGAUUCCUUCAUGAUGCAGUGGUUGGCAAUAUGGGACUGGUACAACAACAUUAAAGAUUUCAAAGCACAAAAUUUUUGUCUAUCCAAGAUACCUGAACUUGCUGUUGAGCAGUCCGAGGAUAUAAUGGUUGGCUAUGAAAAUGAAUUCAAGAUGAUGCUGGAUCAACUUGCUAGAGGAGAAAGAGAACUAGCAGUUGUAUCAAUUGUAGGUAUGGGAGGCAUUGGCAAGACAACUUUGGCUACGAAACUCUACAACGAUCCAUGCAUGAUGUAUUGUUUUGACAUUCGUGCUAAAGCUACUGUUUCACAAGAGUAUUGUGUGAGAAAUGUUUUCCUAGACCUUCUUUCUUGUAUAAGUGAUAAACCUUAUGAUCAGCUACAUGACGGACAACUAGCAGAUCGACUGCAAAAGCUUCUAAAAGGUGAGAGAUAUUUGGUAGUCAUUGAUGACAUAUGGACUACAAAAGCUUGGGAUGAUAUACAAAUAUGUUUCCCAGACUUACAUAAUGGAAGCCGAAUACUCUUGACUACUCGGAAUGUGGAAGUGGCUGAAUACGCUAGCUCAGGUAAGCCUCCUUAUCACAUGCGCCUCAUGAAUUUUGACGAAAGUUGGAGUUUAUUGUAUGAAAAAGUCUUUACGAAAGACUCUUUCUCCCCUGAAUAUGAACAACUUGGAAAGCAAAUUGCAUUGAAAUGCGGAGUAUUGCCUCUAGCAAUUGUUGUGAUCGCGGGACUUCUCACUAAAAUUGACAAAGCAUUGAGUGAGUGGCAAAGUGUUGCUGAAAAUGUAAGUUCAGCAGUAAGCACAGAUGUUGGUGUCCAAUGCAUGAAGGUGUUGGCAUUGAGUUACCAUUACUUGCCUCACCACCUAAAACCAUGCUUUUUAUAUUUCGCAAUCUUCCCAGAGGAUAAACUGAUUUUUGUCGAUAAACUUAUGAUAUUGUGGGAAACAGAGGGAUUUUUGAAGGUAGAAGAGAUGAAAAGCAUAGAAGAAGUGGCAGAAAAGUACCUACAAGAUCUUAUUGAUAGAAGUUUAAUUUCCAUAGAAAGUACUACUUUUGAUGGAAAAAUUAAGUGUUGUGGAAUUCAUGAUAUGACUCGUGAACUCUGUAUGAUGGAAGCUCGUAACAUGAAUUUUGUGAAUGUUCUCGGAAGUAAGAAUGAUCAAAAUCCAUGUGUGAAAUCUAUGCAGUGUUUGUCUAAGAGUCGAAGUCGAAUCAGCAUCCAUAAUAAGAAAGAGUAUGUUAUGUGCCUUGACAGUGAGGCUCAUUGUGUUAUCUUAUUUGGUAGAUUCCGAUGUUUCAUGAGGGAGUACUUGCCAUUCAAGCUAGUAAGAGUUCUAGAUCUUGCUGAUAAUAGCUGUCUAACUUUUCCCCGUGAAAUACUUUAUUUGAUUCACUUAAGACACCUAGCUUUGCGUAUUUAUCCUAGCGUUGAGCAAUAUCUAGGAUCCCAAGAAGAUGCUCUCUCAUCAAGAGUAGACAUUCCUUCAUCCAUAUCAAACCUGUACUUCCUUUUUCUUACCUGA